AUGACUUCAGGGAAUAGUAAACUAAGAUGUUUGCAAAACCGCCGCUCGACCAUCAACUGUCUGUCAAAGGGUGUCGAGGACAACAAGACAUUCCCGUUUUCUCAGGAUAAAACAGUGAAAGCAUGGACGUCUCUGGAGAACCUGGACAGUCCUGGCAUUAAAACAGGGGAAAGACUCAAUGAGCAACAGAAUAUUAAUGUUAAUGUUGGUGGCAAAGUGUUUCAUAUCCCCAUUAAAUGUGCCAUUAAAUAUCCUCAAACUCGCAUCGGCUCGUUGGCCGUCUGCACGGACCGCGUGAAGCUCCUCACGCUGUGCGACGACUACUCCGUGACCAAGAACGAGUUCUUCUUCGACCGCGACCCGGCCUUCUUCCACCACAUCUCUCAUUUCUACAAGAGCGGCGUGCUGUGGGUCAUACGGGAAAUGUGCCCCAUCCAGUUUGAGGAGGACAUCGCGUACUGGGGCCUGAGCCUGAAGGACACCCAGCGCUGCUGCUUGAUCAUGUUCGAGGAGAAGGUGGACGAGGUGAAGGACUACCUGAAGGUGGAGAAGGAGCUGAUGGCCGAGAUCGAGGUGAAGUAUGAUAACGAGUGUUUCAAGAGCAUGGUGUUUGGGAAUGUGAGGAGGACUCUGUGGGACCUGGUGGAGAACCCGUACUCUUCUAUCCUGGCGAAAGCUUUCACGGUGCUCUCCAACCUGCUGGUGCUCUUCUCCAUCGUUGCCAUGUGUCUCAACACCGUCCAGGAGCUUCAGGAGUAUAAAAUCAACGGCAAAACGCACAUGGAGUGGGUGGAGAUCAUCACCAUCGUGUUCUUCACUUUUGAGUAUUUAAUUCGCCUUUUCACCACUCCCAACAUCAGAAUGUUUCUGAUGAGUGGACUGAACUUCGUGGACAUGGUGGCGGUCAUGCCUUAUUUCUUCCAGCUCACCUUCACGCUCUUCACUGGCGGCGAGGACGCCAACGCACAGGAUGACCUCACGGCCAUCGCCCGGGUCAGCAAGCUCAGCCACGUCCUCAAAGUCAUCAAACUGCUGCGGAUCUUUAGGAUCUUGAAGCUGGCUCGACACUCCACCGGCAUGAGGGCGUUUGGCUUCACGCUGCGCCAGUGUUACCAGCAGGCCUCCUGCAUCUUCCUCUUCAUCGCCAUGGGGAUCUUCACUUUCUCUGCUCUCCUUCAUUCAGCCGAGAGGGAAACUGAGGGAUCUCCUAUCAGCAGUAUCCCAUACGCCUGGUGGUGGGCCGCGGUCAGCAUCUCCACUGUGGGCUACGGGGACGUGGUCCCUGUAACGGUCAUGGGCCGCUUCGUGGCCUUUGGCUGCAUCUCAUUUGGCAUCAUCCUCAACGGCAUGCCCAUCUCUUUGCUCUUUAACAAGUUUUCUGACUACUACGCCCAGCUGAAGGCUCAGGAGUACAACACCAAGCUGGUGCAGCGGCGCUUUCAUCUGAAGAAGCGCCUCCGACACAAACUGGACACAUGUUUUCAUCACUCGGAGGAGGAAAGUGGUGCAGACAGCCACUGCGAGAGCCCACACUGAUGAUCAUUUAUGCAGCGUGAGUUGAGCGGAAACCAGUUGCUUGCUAAGCAUGAAACUGCUCAGGUUUCACCAUGCAUGAAGGUAUUCGGCUCAGAUCAAAUAUGCUGACAGUGAAAGAAAAAGUGAAAGGCGGUGUGGGCAGGAAGAGGACUCGAAAAAAGAAGUUGAGGUUUCCUGCACAGAUGCAGUCUCGCCUCCUCUCCUUCGCAUUGUCCAUGAUGUGUGACCGACGACAAAAAGUUAAAAACCAGAGGAGAAAAGAGGAAGAACUGAAGAUGAUUUCAAGUCAGGCGGUUGAUUGUGAGGAAUAGGGCCUCAAUUUUGUAAUACACAAACAGAAGACUUUGUGAACAACGAGUGCCUGUAAAUGAAUAGAAACUCUUCACCAAAGUGAAUGUUUCAUGUGCUUUAGUUUUAAAACUGUACGAUGUGAUAACUGUAGACUCAUGUUUCCUAUCAGUGAUCACUUUCUGUCACAUGAAUUAUUAAAACCGUGAUGACUUGCAA